CGAUUGAGCAUCUCCAAGGUAGAAUUGAGGGGAGCCUCUAUCUUGUUGGAAUGUUGACCUCAGAUCGGAAAUGGUGAGAAUCCGGCCUGUUUGUCUUUUCUAAAACAAUUUACAGCUGCUAUUUUGAUCAGGGUAUUGUACUAUUGCUACGUGCUUGAGGAUAUAGUGGACUUCAUAAAUCAUCACCACGUGGACAAGAAGCCUUCGAGACGUUGGUCUUCCAUGUCAUUUUGACCUUUUUUUCCCCCUACCAAGCCUGCAUUUCCUGCAACACUGUCCGGUUCACGAGACACAGGAGCAAAAGCAGACAACUUACAAGCAUGGCCACCGCAAACUCUAUAACCGUCACUCUCCCCCAACUCGCCAAAAUGAUUGACCAUUCUCUUCUUCACCCUAGCAUGACCGACAGCGAGAUCAAAGCGGGUCUUGCAACUGCCAGACAAAACCACGUGGCAACAGCCUGCAUCAAGCCGUACUCUAUUGAACUUGCCAAAGCCGAGCUCGGCGGCAGUGACGUCCUCAUCUGCCCCGUCAUUGGCUUCCCCCACGGCAACAGCACCACAGCCAUCAAAGUCGCCGAGGCCAGAGAGGCUGCCAAAGCAGGCGGGUCUGAAAUCGACAUGGUAGUCAACAUUGGCAAAGUCCUCGGACAGGACUGGGAUUACGUCUCCCACGAGAUCCAGCUCAUCAACGAGGCCGUUGCUGCGGAGGGCGCCAUUUUGAAAGUCAUUUUUGAAAACGACUACCUCCAGCCCGAGCACAUCAUCAAGCUCUGUGGAAUAUGCACGGAGCUGAAUGUCGCCUUUGCCAAAACGUCCACUGGAUUUGGCUUCGUCAAGCAGCCCAGUGGGGAGUACAACUAUAAAGGCGCCACGCUCGAGCAUCUCACACUGAUGCGUCAGCAUCUAGGCCCCAAGGUGCAGAUAAAAGCUGCCGGCGGCGUGCGCAACCUUGAUGAUUUUCUUCAUAUUAUGAAGCUCGGCGUGACCCGCAUCGGCGCGUCAGCGACGGUUGCUAUCCUCGAGGAAGCCCGCAGGCGUGGCAUCGGUGAGCAGCCCGUCGAGGUGACUUUCAAGCCCAUGCACGAUCAGGGCCAAGCGGGUGGUUAUUAAUGAGAAUGUGGUUGAUCAGUUCGUGCUGUGUGUCUUAUGUUGAUCUUUUGUCUUGACUCUUAUGCAUUUAUGGUCUUAUUUUGCCAAGCUUGAUGGCAGUGGCAUGUUGCAAUCCAAUUGCCUAUUGCAACGGGGAUGAUUUAAAUUGUUAUACCGAGACGUCCAAGCAUAUAGGACUAAUUCUAUCUGAUGAUCCACAAUAAAUUCAGUAAUAG